GCGUCGUUUUAGUGGCGUGUUCAACACGACUAAUUCCUUUUUAUGUGAUUAGGAUAUCCGAAUCACCAAAGAACGAUCCACGUUCCCCUAUCCUCGCAGAGAAGGUAUCGUAUCAUGGCGGAAUCAAACGGCAGUUUUGGCGGCUCUGGAUGGUCUCUCAGAGGCGCCACCGCUCUCGUCACCGGUGGCACUCGUGGAAUCGGAUAUGCGGUAGUAGAAGAGCUGGCUGGACUGGGUGCCACCGUACACACCUGUUCACGUAACGAAGCAGAGCUCGACAAAUGCUUGCGUGAAUGGCAUGCUAAGGGUUUUUCAGUGACUGCUUCGAUUUGUGAUGGGUCGGACCGAGCCCAACGUGAGAAGUUGAUGGAGAAGGUCUCUUCCAUUUUCAAUGGGAGGCUUAAUAUCUUGGUAAAUAAUGUGGGGACAAGCUUCAGGAAGCCAACAGUUGACUACACUGCUGCAGAAUAUUCAACAAUCAUGACUACCAACCUUGAAUCUGCUUACCAUCUGUGCCAACUUGCACACCCUCUUCUAAAAGCAUCUGGAGCAGGAAGCAUUGUGUUUGUUUCCUCUGUUGCAGGUGUGGUGAGUUUGGGUACUGGAUCAAUUUAUGCAGCAACAAAAGCUGCAAUAAAUCAACUUACAAAGAAUUUUGCUUGUGAGUGGGCAAAAGACAAUAUCAGGAGUAAUAGUGUUGCUCCCUGGUACAUCAAGACCUCCCUUGUUGAACAUUUGCUACAGAAGAAAGACUUCUUCGAAGGGAUAGUCUCCCGAACUCCCCUUGGGCGCCCAGGAGAGCCGAAGGAGGUUGCAUCUCUGGUAGCAUUCCUUUGCCUUCCCGUGGCUUCUUACAUCACAGGGCAGGUUAUUUGCGUGGACGGUGGAAUGACGGUGAAUGGUUUCUAUCCCACCAUCUGAAAGAGGAACUCAGCCAGCUUGCCGGAAUAAUUUCAUUCUCUCUGGACUGUUACAUCUUCCUAGAUGAAUUCCUUAAGUUUAUAAUCUCCGUUUUCCAGUUGAUGUUUAGAUUAUGCUCCUACAAGUGUUUGUGAAUGCUUCUUAAUGAGAUGAUCAGAAAAAUAUGCUUCAUUCAAAGAUAUUUGUUACCAUGGCACAGGCUUUGCUCAGGCGUGAGUCAGGGGAUGGCUCCACUACGGCUUGUCCUCAUCCAUUCAAGGCUUGAAGCCUCCAGAGCACUUCCUCGCUUGGUCUCAUUUCCCUUUCACGUGUCAAUGUCUACGAAAAAGACUUCUGCUUUCUUCAUUCCAUUCGUCAUCAUUUUCCCUGAUUUUAUUACUAUUUUCAAUUUUGAGA